CGGUGAGAAGCAGUCGGUCGCCGAAGUCCGCGCUUGCUCGCCAUGUCGCUGUUGGUGCGCGGGGUUUGCGCCGCGGGCGCCCGGGGCAUGUCGCUGGGCGCCGGGUCGCGCUGCUGCUGCAGGAGGAGCUUCUGGGCAGGCGGCUGCGGGUCGCCGUCGGGAGCUUCCCGCUGGGCUGAGAGACUCGGCUGGGGCGCUGCGGCGGCGGCGGCGGCAGCGGCGCUGGCCGGGCUGGGGGUGGCCCGGCGGGCCGAGAUGGAGCAGCAGAUGCGGCGGGGGCAGCUGGCAGGCGGCGGCGGCGGCGGCCGGGAGGCGGAGGGCGACGACGAGCUGGCGCUGCGUUGCGAGCGCUUCAUGGCUCCGCCGGUGAGCGGGCUGGGCGAGCUGCGCGACCGCCGCGGGGCCAUGCGGAGCCGCAUGGAGCUGCUCAUCAUGGAGACGCAGAGCCAGGUGUGCAACGCCCUGGCCCAGGUCGACCGCGGAGCCCAGUUCACCGUGGACCGCUGGGAGAGGAAGGAAGGUGGGGGAGGCAUCAGCUGCGUACUGCAGAAUGGAGAAGUCUUUGAGAAGGCCGGAGUUAAUGUAUCUGUUGUUUUUGGACACCUUUCUGAAGAAGCAGCUCAACAGAUGAGAAGCAGAGGGAAAACCCUGAAGGGCAAAAGUGGAAAACUGCCUUUUUGUGCUAUGGGAGUCAGCUCCGUUAUUCAUCCAAAGAACCCUCACGUACCCACCAUACACUUCAACUACAGAUACUUUGAAAUUGAGGAGGCCGAUGGUACGACACAGUGGUGGUUUGGUGGUGGAACAGACCUAACUCCAACUUACUUGGACAAAGAUGACGCCGUUCAUUUCCACAAAACUCUGAAGGAAGCCUGUGAUCGGCAUAAUCCAGAGCUGUACCCCAAGUUUAAGAAAUGGUGUGAUGAUUAUUUUUAUAUCAAGCACCGAGGAGAACGACGAGGGAUUGGAGGCAUAUUUUUUGAUGACCUGGACUCUCCUUCAAAAGAAGAAGUCUUUCAGUUUGUGCAGAGUUGUGCCAAAGCCAUUGUGCCUUGCUAUGUUCCCAUUGUGAAGAAGCACUGCCACGACACAUUCUCACCUGAGGAAAAAUUGUGGCAGCAGAUCCGCAGAGGGAGGUAUGUGGAAUUCAAUCUUGUUUAUGACAGAGGUACUAAGUUUGGACUUGCAACACCAGGAUCUAGGAUUGAAAGCAUUCUUAUGUCUUUGCCACUCACUGCCAGGUGGGAAUACAUGCAUUCUCCUCCAGAGAAUUCCAGGGAAGCUGAAAUCCUAGAAGUUUUGCGCCAUCCAAAAGACUGGGUGCCCUGACAAGCUGCGUCGGCUCCACACAGCCAGCCAUGAAGAAAGGACACAAACUCCUGCCUGCUUGCUCAUAAAACUGCCAUUGUGUGGCAGUUAGUUUUUUUAUCUACUUAUUCUCUUAUCAUGUGCCUUAGAAAUAGUGUUUCAAAUUUGUUAUGUGUAAAUAUCCAUUUUAAAAGCCACAAGCUGCUCCAUUAGCAGUUUCUUGGUGGGAGGAUCACUUGACCAUUUCUACCGGUAUGAUGCACUGCUGAAAAUGCAAUGGGCUUGGUGCAGAGGCAGCAUAACAAGGUGAGAUGCGCUCAAAAUGUGGUCGGCACACACUGCCCUAAAACUCUGCACCAGCUCCUAAGGUUUAGACCCAAAGCUGUUUUUCCAGGAACCUCCCUUGAUUUACCCUCCUAAUUGGCAUGAUUCUUUUAUAGGCUAUCUUAACCCAUUUCAGAAGUUAAGAGUUGCUUUCUCUUUAAAUCCACUUUGUGUCCUAUGGGGUCAUGUAUUUUAAAGCGAGUUGCUUGUCCUUUUGAUCUGCAAUAAUUUCCUCGAAUGAGUAAUAUGAUGGGGAAUAUUUUGCAAUGAGAACAAUGUAAAAUAAAUUUGCACAGUGGUUUCCUGUCACUAGGUCACCAGUUGAGGUUCCUGUAAUA